AUGAGACCGCACGCCCUCCUUCCCUUCCUCCUCCCUCUAACCACCGCGACACCCAAGCUGCAAGACUUCGAUGCCCUCGGCGCUUGGUUCGACGGCGUCAACGCCAUAAACACCACCACAAAUGGAGCACACAGCCCCACAAAUAAAAACACCACGAUUGCCAUAGUCGGCGCCGGCAUCUCAGGCCUCACGACCGCCCUCCUCCUCGAUAGCGUCGGAAUUCACAAUUGGGAAAUACUUGAAGCGAGUGACCGGGUGGGAGGACGCUUCCGGACGAAACUCGUCGGGGGCACGGAUGAAUGGGCCGAAAUGGGGCCCAUGCGGCUGCCUGUCAGGGUGCGGUAUAACGAUGGCGAGACGGUGGAAUACUCGGACCAUGCAAUGGUGUUUCAGCUCGCGGAGCUGUUGAAUAACAUGAAUGGGAACGAGAGUCAAUGGAAGGUCGAUUUUAUUCCGUGGAUACAGCAUCAUGAGAAUGAGUUGCUGGCACGGGGGACGGGUCGGUUGGCUGAUGGGUCUAUUCCGACGCGGGGCGAGGUAUAUGGGAAUGAAACUGGGCUGGGGACCAAGGACCCCAUGACUACGGCUGAGUACGAGAAGACCAAGAGCAAGAUGGAGCAAAUUUUGAGUGCGACGGACAUGCUGAAGUUCAUUCAGAAGGAUGUGUGGCGGGCCCAUCGGGCUGUCAUGGAUCGUGGAUUGGACGAGUGGAGCGAACAGGCGAUGAUGAAGCAUGUGUUUAACGCUAGUGUGAAUGUGACCGAUGCCAUUUGGACAGGUAGUGAUUAUGAUAUAUUCUGGGACGAGAUGCAUCAUAAUUCGAACCUUGGGUUGGAUGGGAGUCCUGGUUCCUUGGGGGAAACGGAGUGGGUUUGCAUUGAUCGUGGAUUCAACCGGUUAUCAGAUGCGUUUUUGCCGCAUGUGAGCGAUCGGCUUGUUCUCGACAGGAAGAUCCGGAAGCUGGAGACUGUUGAUCACCCUGAUGGACGCAUACAGACGCGCUUGUCGUGGUAUCCAUCUGUUGGAAAUCGGACGUACGAGAGCAAAACGUAUGACUACACAAUUAUGGCGGUGCCCUUUACCAUGACUCGGUUCAUGGACUUGCCUACGUUUUCUUCAGUCCUGGGCCGCGCAAUCAGUGAAGCUGGAUUGCGGUUCAAGUCUGCCUGUAAGGUGGCUCUGCUCUUCUCGGAACGCUUCUGGGAAAAAGGUGAUAAACCUAUUUUCGGGGGCUAUUCUACCCCGCCGAGCAACUCGGUUGGAGCGUUGUACUAUCCCGUCUACGGACUGAAUGAAUCCCGCCCGGGUCUUAUCAUGCAUUACCGUGGUGGAGAUUGGAGUGAUCGGUUCGUCAGUUUCUCAGAUGAAGAGCAUGUGCAGACUGUGCUGGAUGCUGUGGUUUCACUGCAUGGGGAACAGGCCCGUGAGCUGUAUACUGGUGAUUAUGAAAGACUCUGCUGGUUGCAGGAUGAGCAUACUGCUACCUCAUGGUGUCGGCCUGAUGUCGAGCAACAUCGGCUUUAUAUCCCAGCUUAUCAUCAGACCGAACAUCAUACGAUCUUCAUCGGAGAGCAUACGGCUCCGACGCAUGCGUGGGUGAGUAGCUCUUUACACUCGUCUGUAAGGGGUGUUGUGCAGUUGCUGUUGGAGCUGGGACUUGUUGAUGAGGCGAAGAAGCUUAAUAAGGAAUGGAUGGGGAGAUGGAUUCGGUAG